GAGCUUGCCUACACCUUGGAGUACCCCUCAGAGAAGCUGAGCUUCCGCCACCACUUCUCAUCGCUGCUGUUGAGUGGUGAUUGGUCGUUGACCCUUCUGGAGCUUGGUAGUUUGGGGUCUCUGGUGGCUGCUGCUUGGCUUCUUCCCGGCGAGAAGGUGAACGUUCCGGGCUCCUGGACUCUGAAAGAGCUGGCGGCCUUUCUUUGCACAAAGGCCGCGGUGACCCGGCUCUACAACACCUACCUUGAGGCCAUCUUCUUCACCUUCCCUCGCUUCCGUACUCAGCCUCCAAAAGAGCAUGCACUCAAGGAGAAGAAGGAUCUGUGCGGACGAGAUAUGGAGCAACUGCAGACGAUCCUUUUUCACGACCGUCUGACUUUGCUGAGCCAGUUCGCGUUCAAUGUUGGCCUCUACUAUGCCAUCCCUGGCUACUAUCCGGCGGCGACGGAUGUGGUGGCACCUCUCCACGAGCGAGCGCUCCGCUUGGUGGGCAACCACUACCUCAUGUCCUUUGGCAUGUACUGGAUGCAUCGAGCCCUGCAUGUCGUGCCGUUCCUCUGGGACAACAUCCAUUCCUACCACCACUGGGCCAAGCACCCGCUGUCCCGCAACACCUACGAUGAUCACUGGCUGGACAAUUUCGGAAAUGCUGUGGUGGGACAUUUCUGUGCGCAG